GUUAAUCGGUAUUUUAGGAUGGGGAGAUGAAAUCGGCAUGUAAAUAUUAAGUGAUGAUGGCAUUUGGUAAACGAAUUUAUGUGAUCGUAUGCUUAUAUUUAUGUUUGAUUGCUAAAGGAUCGGGCUAUUAUAUUUCUUCGACGAGUGAGACGUGGCAAGCUGCUGGUACGUACUGUGAGCAUGCACAACCAAAAUAUCAGUAUAAAGGCAGUGGUGUUCUUGAACUCAACGAUACCAUCGAGAUUGACGGAGAUAUUCCUGAGGCUGGUGUUUGGAUCGGAUAUUUCAAGGCAUUUACAGAGUUUGAGUUCGAAGGUUGCGGAAUGAAUAAUACUGGCAAUAUAACGUACACAGUUUACAGUCUGGCCCAAUGUCAUCAUCUCUGCGGAGGAACCCAUAUUGGGCUUAUCGGUGCGACUAGUCUGAACUCUGACCCUCUAAAGAUGACAUGUGUGUGCAUAAACACACUGACGUAUUAUCUGAUUAACAACAUAUGCAUAUCUUGUGGUGAUAUCAUUUGUGGCAAGGACACGAGAAGGGCUGUGUAUAGCGUUUUACCCGAUACUACUUCCGAAGAAAGAACAGAUGAUUUCAAUUACUUAUGCAAAGUAUCUACCUCCAACCCGAACGCAUCCGCUUGGGUGCAUUGUUCAGAUACUUACACUAGCAAUACACGUGGUGUAUGGUGUAGACAAAAUGAAUCAGCACAACCAUUCGUUUCCGGGAUAAGCUUCUCUGCGUGGAAUACUGCUAAUGAUUAUUGCGCCAACAAUAGAUCAUUUCCGUCAUCUGCGGUAGGGUUCAAAGGCAGUCGUCCGUUCAACAAUAUGACAUUCACAAACAUUCGUCGUGAGUGGACUCUUCAUCCAGGAAAUGGGACUUCAAGAAAAGGACCAAAAAUGUUUGCUUACAUUAAACAUGAAUCAAAACAGAUUAUGUUUGCAAACGAAUCAUCGGUGGCGACAAAACAGAUUUUAUGUUUUGGUAGUAAAUCUACAACCAAAGUCACAACGCCAUCAACUAGCGGUCAAUCUGACACAUCAUCAAAGAAGUCAUCACAAGAGUCCUCAACUACAGUAAUAGCGUCUGCAGUAACGGUUGCAGUUGUUCUAAGUUCAGCUCUUGUGAUCGUUAUUGUGCUCAGAAACAAAGGGAAAUUGUGCUUCGCCAUAACAAAAGGUUUACAAUUGGAAAACACAGAUGACAGCAACCGUAUAUCCUUAGCAAAGAUUGAAUCCAAAACAAAUGAGAACUCCCAAAGCCCAGAGGCAUAUUUGUACAAUAAGAAUACACGUGGUUGCACGAAGGACAUUGAUGAAUAUGCCGAUAUUGACAACGAUACUGCGAAUUUUAAGUGCAAUGAAACCGGUUUCUAUCAAACUCCAUGUGCCCCUAUGAUGAAUCAUACUUAUCAAGAGAUACACGCGAAUGACGAAUACGCCGGAAUUGAUGACGUUCGAGGGGACAACGACGAUUACGAUUACACUAACAAAGCAUUUAGGGAUGAAAAAGCUGAGUCUUCAGACAACGUUUACAGUCAUCUAAACUCUGGUGGUGACGAGGCCAAAACAUCGUCAAGGUGGUGGAACAUGACUAUGUCGAAACCUCCGGUGUCGUUAGAAACUAAGCAUUACAACGUACACGUUUGAUAAAGACAACUUCCUGCAUAAUUAUAAUAUAUUGUAGAUAAAGUCAAUAUGAUUUCAUAUUGUGUGAGUAAUGUGACGUUUCAAUCAUUUUUUAGAAGACUAAACAUAUUCUCUUUAGUAGUUGUGUAUCAACUUGUGUUUUGUAUUUGUUUGUGUUUUCAUUAUUUUAUUUCGCAGUCACAUUAACUUGCCAUAUUUUUUAUUUUACACUGAUUACUCAUUAUAACAUUUAUUCAUCUAAUAUGUCCAUAUGUCUUCUCAUUUCUGAGUAAGAAGUUUAAGUAAUAGCUAUAAUGUCAAAUAUUUCCGUUAUAGACAUUAUUUGUAACGAAUUAUAAAGUGGUAUAUAUUAUCAAUAUUAUCAAACAUGUUAGUUUAAAAGCCCUGUACGUAUGCGUUUAAUUAUAAUCGCUAACUUUACUCGUUUGUUGGGUUUUCACAUAUAAGGUGAACUCGUUAUUAUAACCAAAUGUAUCAUCUGGAUGUUUUGUUGUAACUUUAUAAACAAAUAAAUAAGUUAAGGAUU